AUGAGCUCCAGGACCACCGUGCUGAGGCUCUAUCGCCGUUCGCUCAAGCUGGCCCUUGACUGGGCUGUUCAUAGGUACCUCUGGCGCGGUCAGGCCAUGUACAUCCGUUCGCUGUUCGAGGCCAACAAGACCGUCACCGAGCCGCGCCGACAGAGGGACUUGAUCAAAGAGACAGAGAACCUCCUGGAGAAGUGGAAGCACCCGGAUCCGUACCGCCCACCCACGGCGCCUGGAGGCUCCAAGUACGAGCGCAACCUGCCUGCACCCAUUCUGGACCCUCCUCCGAAGAUGACGUUGUAG